AUGACCGAACCACCGACACCCAUCGAGAGUCGCCGCGAGCGCAAGCGACUGCGGGAUCCGCGCGCCAAGCAAGCCGCCCGGCAACGCAUGCUGGACGAGACAAGUGCGCUUCAAACGUCGAUUGCGAGUCUCACUCGGACGCUUCUUGCGAAAAAGGAGGCGGCGCCCAAACACCGUCUCCUACCGUGGCAAGAGGUGGCCACCACGCUUCGCACCGCGACCGCUAAGAGCUACGAACGCACGCACGAUCUCCAGCGUCGCGUGGCCCAGCAUCACCAAUUGGCGCAAGCCUUGUACGGGUGGGUUGCGUCGUUGCACCGCGCACCCGGACGGUCGCCGGCGCUUGCGGCGUGGCGCGACGUUCGGUUGCCAUGGAACCCCAACGUGCGUCGCGCGGGGUAUCUCUGGCUCGCCGAGUACAUGCUGGCAGCGACCGACGACCAAGUCGCGGACACUCUGUUCCCGGCGCCGCCCGACGAAGUCGUGUCGGCCGAGUGGAGUCCGAUCGGGGGCCGCGUUGUAUCGCAGUUUGUGCUGGACGGGUCGCUUGCUGAGGUGGCAACGGCGGCGUGGUCCUUUAGCCAGGCGCUGCCCACGAUUUUGCAUGCCACCCACGGCUGCGUGCACAAUGUGUUUCAUAUUCAAGAAGCGAAGCGCGAAAUGUGCUACAACCACGAAGCGUUCCCGGCCGUCAAGAGGAACCACACGUGGUAA